UGUUUAUUCCAGUACGCCCCGCACCAAUCAAACUAAGCCAAAUGCACCCCCGCCCUUCCUUUUAUGAGACCUUGCAUUUUCCUGCCCAAAACAUAACAAUCCAGUUUCCAAGCUUCCCAGCAAUGUCAACCAUGGUGGUUUUCUCCUUUGCCUACUCCUUACACCCUUCACCACUUCUCUCUUCAUUCCACCCUCCACCACGCCCCCAUAUUCAAACCCAAACUGUUUUCUCUCACAUUUCUCGACCCAAACACUUGAAACCUUUCCACUUCUUUACAAGGCACUCUUCUUUUGGGAUUAGAAGUUUUCAGCAUGAAGAUGGUGAAAACAUUGGUAAUGUAGAGCCAAUGGGUAAGCUAGAUAAAGGAGAUAGAACUGAUGAUGAGGAGUUACCUGAAAAUCAAAAUCGCAAUACUGCAGGGAGAGGAAGUUCUUUUCUGGCAAAAUUAGCCAUCGCAUUAGGCGUGGCAGCAGCUCUUACUGUCAUGUCAUUUGGCAUAAAAGGAGCUAGUUUUGGAUCAUUGCUUGGAGUUCAACGCCUGGCUGAAGUUUCACCCUCUUCAACUAUGGAUACCACUGUUGGUUUCACUUUCAAAGCUUUUGGUUAUAAAUUUAUGCUUCCUGAAUAUGCACCAGGAUGGAUAUACUUCUGGUUGCUUAUGGCUGCUGGUUGUGGACUUUUCAUUAGUGAAGAGGCUUUAAAUAUUUGGGUUGGCAUAACUUUGGCACGGUUACUAUCAUUGGAUGGAACAUGGCAUUCCUUUGUUGAGUCUCUCUCAAGAAAUGCCCCAUACAUAAUAUCCACAGUUCUUUGGGUAUACUGGGGAGUUUGCAUCAGUGAUAUGAUACCAUUUUACCUUGGAAAGCUUUUUAGAGAAAGUGGAGCAUCUGAUGAUGUUUGUUCAAAGUUAGGAAUCGGCGAAGAGAAGGUUUCGCAAAUCAGACACGCUGUUCAAAAAUAUGGCAAUCUCAUAGGCUUCAUAGAGCGAUUUUCACUCGGAGUAAGAAAUCCCACAGCUUUCCUCGCAGGGUCUCUGGGAAUAUCUCCUGAAUUCUUCUUUGCUGGAGUUUGUUGUGGUGGUUUGGUCACUCUUCCAAUUCAGCUUGGAAUUGGAUUUUUGAUGAGGAAACGCCCUGUAUUUGCCCUGGCAACGGUCGCAACAGUAGUGGGAAUUUGGACUGUGUUUCCAUAUGUUAUGGCUGCUUCAACUGCAUUAUUCCUGUACCUGCGGCGCCGUUACUCAUCCUAGCUCGGGUCUUACCAGUUCAACUCUCGGUCUGGUUUUCAUUCUUUGUUUGCAAUUGAAGCAGAAGGCAUAGCAUUGAUAAUCCAUCCUCAUUUGCUAUUUCCAAUUUAAAUAUUCAUUAAUUUCCAUAUUCUGGCGGCGGAAAAUGUAUAUAUAUUGAUCAAAUUCGGUUACUUCUGUUGAAAAAUUUGAUCUCUUUGUACGGUUAAAAAUUAGCGUAAUUGACAAAAUAAUCAAACAAUGACAUAUUUGCCACA